GCCCUGCCCCGUGGCGUUCACUGACAUCUGGGCUCAUUUACAACACAGCUUCAGGCUGCUCUGCUCAUAGACAGGAUGUUUACAGAUCUAAUCAAUCAUACUGAAACUUUAUAGUAUGCUUGUUCGUUACUUCCGUGUUAGCUCGUUAUACUCUCUGUUGUUCUUCUUCUUUUGGUCAUUGCUCAGGCCUUAUCCUGUUUUUCUCUUCACAUGUAAACAGAUUUCUGAAGGAGCUUCUCCCUACACAUCAGCAGCAAUGCACGGCCGUGUGAAGGUUAAAACCACAGCCCAGCAGGAGGAGGAGAAAAGGAAGGAGCGGGAGAAGAAGCUGAAGGUCUACGUGGCUGCUCGCGACGCCUGCUUUUCCAAGAGGAAGGAUGGUGUUUUUGAUGACGAAGCCCUGCAGCUGACUCAGCAGCUCCUCUCUGCAAACCCUGACUUUGCAACCCUCUGGAACUACCGACGAGAGAUCCUGACGCACCUGGAAACUGUCAAAGACGAGGAUGAAGCGCAGAAGAUUUACGAGGCUGAGUUGUCGUUUCUGGAGUCUUGCCUGAAAGUGAAUCCAAAGUCCUACGGCAGCUGGCACCACAGAGGGUGGGUCUCAGCCCGUCUGCCUCGACCCGACUGGGCCAGAGAGCUGAGGCUGUGUGAUCGCUGCUUAAGCCUCGACGACCGCAACUUCCACUGCUGGGAUUACCGCCGGAUGGUGGUGAAAAUGUCCAGCGUGCCGGUGAAGCAGGAGCUGGAGUUCACUGACCGCCUCAUCGGCUCCAACUUCUCCAACUACUCCAGCUGGCACUACCGCAGCACCCUGCUGCCACUGCUCCACCCGGGCUCCCCCGAGCCGCCGCCCUCGCGCUGCGACGGUGACCCGCCUCACUCCUGUUCGCCGCCCUCCCCUCAGACCCACUUCCACCGAGUGUGUGAAGAGCAGCUGCUCAAAGAGUAUGAGCUGGUUCAGAACGCUUUCUUCACCGACCCAAACGACCAGAGUGCCUGGUUCUAUUACCGCUGGCUGCUGGGCAGAGCGGAGCGUGAGGAGAUGAUAAGCUGUGCGUACGUCAGUCGGGAGCAGGAGAGAGUCGCCGUCGCCUUCUCCAGGCCUGUCAAUGCGCAGUCGGGCAGCCUGCUGCUGGUCCUCGACGGUCAGCCUCAGAGAGUGGAGUGGCGGAGCGUCCACCCACACUUCAAACACAGUCCAGUCUGGAUCUGCGACCUUCCUCCAGGAACGAUAAGCGACAUCGCCAACGAACACAACCUCACUGUGCACUGGACUGAAAAACACACCCACCGGGACUGCGCCCUCUACACAGGCCGGAGCGAGAGCUGGUGUCGGGACACGGCUACAGACCUGGAACUGUUCAGGAGUGAACUCUCUGUGGAGAAGACCUCGGUGUUGCAGUCGGAGCUGCAGUCCGUCAACCAGCUACAAGAACUGGAGCCUCUGAAUAAAUGGUGCUUGCUGACCAUUAUCCUCCUGAUGAGGGCACUAGACCCUCUUGGGUAUGAGAAGGAGACCCUCGCUCACUUCCAGACACUCAAAGAAGUGGACUCCAUGCGCUCUGCAUAUUACAGCGACCUGUGCAGCAAGUUCAUGAUUGAAAACACCAUCCUGAAAAUGGAGUACGCCGAAGUGCGAGUCUUCAGUAUCUCUGACAGGAACCUGACCACAUUAUGCCACCUGGACCAGCUGUUAUUAGUGACUCACAUCAAUCUGUCGUCCAAUCAGCUGCGGCGGCUGCCUCCUCAGUUUGCGAUGUUGCAGUGCUUGGAGGUUGUGGAGGCUGAUAACAACUCUAUAGAGAACCUGGAGGGAGUUUAUCACCUUCCCAAACUGGAGGAGGUCUCCUUGAAGAACAACAAGAUCUCCACGCUGGCAGACCUUCAGCCUCUGGCCUCCUGCCCCAAGCUGAGGCGCCUCGAUCUCCGUGGCAACCCCGUCACUCAGACGGCCAACGUGGAGUCGGAGUUGGCCGAGCUGCUGCCCUCCGUCGCAGACCUUCUGCUCUGAUCGCCGGCGUCCCAUCGUUCACUCGUCUGUCUGUCUUCAGCUAUGUUUUGGUAGCAGGCAACCUGCAUCUCGUCUCUCUCUCUCUCUCUCUCUCUCUCUCUCUCUCUCUCUCUGUCUUUCUCUCCCGUCUCUGAUUAUUUUAUUUUGAAGCGUGUCGUGCCUCUUGUUUGUAGGCGGACUGCCAGUCACAGCCAACCCUGAAGCUCUGACAGCCUGAUGGUUCAGAGCGUACAUCACACACCUGUCCACCACUUGAACACAAAGUCUACAUUUAAAUGUUUUAAAUGUAUGUGUGCGAGGAGGGGUGAAUGCACGAUAAAACACGUCACAUUUCUCUGUUUGUGUGCUUGUGUGGAUGGAUGUCCGCUCCCCCUAAUGCAUGCAGAAACACGGAAGAAAAAAUAAGGUGUAAAGUGGCUAUGGAUUGGCGUGCAGCAGGGGUGUCAAACUCCAGUCCUCCAGGGCCGCUGUCCUACAGUUUUUAGAUGUGCCACAGGUACAAAACACUGGAAUGAAAUGGCUUAAUUACUUCCUUCUUGUGUAGAUCAGUUCUCCAAUGACCUAAUAAUGACCUGAUUAUUCUAUUCAGGUGUGGUGCAGCAGAGGCACAUCUAAAAGUUGCAGGACAGCGGCCCUCCUGUACUGGAGUUUGACACCUGUGGCGUGCAGCAAUGCUGGUUUAUUGCUUCCCUGAGCUUUGUGCUCAAACAGGUCGACUGCAGCAUCUUGUAGUAAUCAUUAUUUUUAAAAAGGUUAUCUAAAGACAUUAAAUGACAAUAUACUGUUGCACAGUAGAUUCAAUAAAAACAGCACACAUUGUGUCACUGCCUUCCAGCAA